AUGGCCUUUAAACAACGGAAAUGUAUUUCUGACAGUUCUGGAAGCCAAAGGUCGGAAAUCAGGGUGCCGGUUUGUUGCAUCUGGAUCACGCUGACGCCAGAUGCUCUUGCUGCUUCUGAAAUCAAGAAGUCCCACCAGAGGUGCUCCUCUUCAAUGAAAAAGAACCGCAAACAAGAAGCCAGAAUGAGGAAAAAAGACAGUACCAAAGCUUGACUCCUGCAAUAUGAACGACUUCUCCAUAUAGAGGACCAUGAUUUUGCAAUGAGACCUGGAUUUGGAGGAUCUCCGGUGCCAAUGGGUAUAGAUGUCCAGGUUGAAAGUAUUGACAGCAUUUCAGAGGUUAAGGUAAGUUUCUCUAUCAGUUUUUAUCUCAGACAUUACUGGAAAGAUGAGAGGCUCUUUCCUAGCACAACAAACAAAAGCAUGACCUUUGAUCGUAGAUUGAUCAAAAAGAUUUGGGUGCCUGACAUCUUUUUUGUCCAUUCCAAAAGAUCCUUCAUUCAUGAUAAAAAAAAAAAACCUGUGGAGAACAUCAUGCUUCAUGUAUACCCUAUUGGUUCCCAAAUGAUAUCCAUUGUCCUAGCUGUUUCAGCCAUGUGCUUUAUGGAUUUCAGCAGGUUUCCUCUUGACACUCAGAACGAGGACACUCUUGACACUUGUUCCCUCAAACUGGAAAGCUACGCCUCCAGUGAGCAGGAUCUAAUGCUGUACUGGAAACAUGGAAACAAGUCCCUAAAUCCUGGUGAGCGUAUUUCCUUCAUUGAGGAGUUCACUGCAUCCAGUGGAUUUGCUUUCUACAGCAGCACAGGUUGGUACAACAGGCUUUUCAUCAACUUUGUGCUAAGGAGGCAUAUUUUCUUCUUCAUGCUACAAACCUAUUUCCCAGCUCUGCUGACGGUGAUGCUUUCACGGAUUUCAUUUUGGACUGACCGGGGAGCUAUUCCGGCAAGAGUUUCCCUGGCUUUCUGGAACGUAUAAUACUGAUACAGUUCAAG